UGCGCCUAAGCUCAGUAUCAUUGGCGCCAAAGAAGACUGGAGAAGCACCACUGUCCCGAAAUUUGUCCAAAAAUAAAGAUAUUGACACAUGCUUAGAAAUGGACAUCCGGAGGUUUUUUGCGCCCACCAAACUUGCAGCGCCAAAACCUUUAAACGGAAGCAGCGGCACCGAUGAAGAGCCGAAGAAGAAACAAAAAUCAAAGACCAAGGUCAAAAGUCCUAAAGCUGAUGAGAAACCCACUGGAAAACGAAAGAAAAGAGCCAUUAUCGAUUCAGACUCUGAUGAAGACAAGAAAGAGAGGAAGACCAAGAAAAGCUCUAAAGAGGUUUCUGCUCCACCAGAAAAGAAACAUCCAGUUACUUAUGUGUCUGAUUCUGAUUCAGAUGAUUCAUUUUUGUCUCUGAAAAAGUCCUCGAAACCCAAACAAAAUGGUACGGCUAAGAGCAAAAAGGAAUCGGACUCAGGAAAAACAAAAGAGGUCAAGGCAUCUUCUGCAUCGUCUAAAUCUCCGGGGAAAUCCCCGACUGCCACCGUGAAGGCAGGGUUGAAGAGUUCUCAGCCCACCAUCUCCCCAAAGACAGGACCGACCCUGCCUAAACAGACACUCACCUCAGUAAUGGACUUUUUUGGGAGCUCAAGUGUUCAGAGGUCGGACAAGAAAAUGGUGGCCAGCGCCAAGAGGAAAGCUGCCACACAAGAUGCUGAAGGCUCGCUCAGUGAUGAAGCCAUUGCAAGAGAACUUCAGAUGGAUGAAGAUAUGGAUAAGGAGAAGCAGAUUCAUGAUGAUGAGGAAUUUGCAAGAACAUUAGCUAUGCUUGAUGAAGCCCCCUUAGCAAAAAAGGCUCGUGUUGAUUCAGUCUCCCCCUCCAAGAGCAGCUCUCAGCAAAAUUCCUCAGACACCAAAGCCAAGAUAAAGAAGCCAUCUCCUAAAAAAAGCCCUGUCAAGACUAGCUCCAAACUGGCUCAAAUGAAAAGACGACAAGAAGAAGAGCAUGAGGAGAAGAAAAAAGGCAAAGGCGAAAAGCAGAUUAAGAUCUCCCCGAAGAAAGAGUUCAUCUCACCGUAUAGCUCAGAACGGGCAGCCACUCCCAGAAUUGGAAGUGCUUCAGAGGGAACGACAAAAUCAAAAAGUUUUUCCACGCGUAAAGGAGAUGCACCUAGUAAAACCUCACCAACAAAACCAGAGAAUACAAGUCCUGAAGACCUAGAGAAGAAACGGGCAAACACAUCGGCCUACCGAAGCUAUCUGAACAGAGAUGGCCCACGGUCACUGGGCUCUAAAGAGAUACCACAGGGAGCAGAGAAAUGUCUGGAGGGCUGUGUGUUUGUGUUGACGGGCGUGUUAGAGUCUAUGGAAAGGGAUGAUGCUAAGUCGCUAAUAGAGCGUUACGGCGGGAAGGUCACAGGAAACGUCAGCCGCAAAACCACUUACCUUGUUCUGGGACGAGACAGUGGAGCCUCAAAAACAGAGAAGGCGGAGAGUUUUGGCACUAAGAUCAUUAAUGAAGAUGAGUUGCUGGAGCUCAUAAGAACCAAACCAGGCAAAAAGUCGAAGUAUGAAAUUGCAGCGAAGGCCGAGAGUAAAUCUGCUACAGCAAAGACCCCGAAUUCUAGAGGCAAACGCACUCCUCCAGCCAAGAAGGCCACGCCACAAGGGCCCAGCCCCAACAAGAGAAGAAGCCCUUCAGCUUGGAAAUCUAAUUCUGGCUCUAAAACAUCUGUGGCCUCUCGCUCAAGUUCAGACGUCAAAAAAAGUUUGAGUUACGAUCAGACUAAGACAACAUCAUCCGCAUCUCACUCCACCCCAGAAAGUGAUGGAAACAGCCUGUUGUGGGUGGAUAAAUAUCGUCCCCGCAGUCUGAAGAAUCUGAUCGGGCAGCAGGGGGAUCAGAGCUGUGCGAACAAACUUAUACGAUGGUUACAGAAGUGGCACAGACAUCACGGUGGCAAUGGAAAAGCACCACCGGUCAAGUUUAGUAAGUUUGGGAGCAAAGAUGAUGGAUCCGGGUUCAAAGCUGCUCUGUUGUCUGGACCUCCUGGUGUCGGGAAGACCACUACCGCUGCUCUCGUCUGUGAGGAGUUGGGUUACAGCUACGUGGAGAUGAAUGCCAGUUGCACCCGCAGCAAGAACAGCUUAAAACAAGUGAUUGCCGAAUCACUCAACAACACCAGCAUUAAGAACUUCUACACCGGUGCAUCAAAGACAGUGAGCAGUAAACACGUCCUCAUAAUGGACGAGGUGGACGGGAUGGCAGGAAAUGAAGACAGAGGGGGAAUACAGGAGAUGAUUGGUCUGAUAAAGCAGUCGAAGAUUCCCAUCAUCUGCAUGUGUAAUGACCGGAAUCAUCAGAAGAUCCGCUCGCUGGCCAACUACUGCUACGACCUGCGCUUUCAGAGACCCCGUGUGGAGCAGAUUAAGGCGGCAGUGAUGUCUAUAGCUUUCAAAGAGGGGCUGAAGAUCCCACCCCCAGCAGUUAAUGAAAUCAUCCUGGCUUCCAAUCAGGAUAUUCGACAGGUGCUGCAUAACCUGAGCAUGUGGUCGGCUAAAGAUAAAGUCAUGACCUAUGACCAGGCCAAAGCUGAUGCUAAUAAUGCUAAGAAGGACAUGAAACUGGGUCCGUUUGAUGUGUGCCGGAAGGUAUUCGCCUCGGGAGAAGAAACCGCCCACAUGUCUUUGAUUGACAAGUCAGACCUUUUCUUCCAUGACUACUCAUUAGCACCGCUUUUUGUACAAGAGAACUACAUUCACGUCCGACCGGUGGCGGCAGGGGGAAAUCUAAAGAAUCAUUUGGUGUUGUUGAGUAAAGCAGCAGACAGUAUUUGUGAUGGAGAUCUAGUGGACAAACAGAUCCGCUCCAGACAAACCUGGUCUCUGCUUCCCACACAGGCGAUCUAUGCCAGCGUGUUGCCAGGGGAACUGAUGCGGGGAUAUAUGAGUCAGUUUCCAACUUUUCCCAGCUGGUUGGGCAAGUUCUCAUCGACUGGCAGAUACAGUCGCACCAUACAGGAGCUUGCUUCACACACAAGUCUAAAGACGCUAAGUAGUAAGGAAGCAAUAAAUCUGGAUUAUCUACCAUAUUUGCGCUCGGCAAUAUUGGAGCCACUUCAGUCCCAAGGCGCAGAGGGAGCCAAUCAGAGCGUGAAGCUUAUGGACGAUUAUGACAUCAUCAAAGAGGAUGUUGAUAACAUGAUGGAGAUCAGCACAUGGGGUGGACAGCCAGAUCCUUACUCCAAACUAGAUUCUAAGGUGAAAGCUGCGUUUACACGGGCAUACAAUAAGGAAUCUCAUCUAACCCCUUACUCCUUACACAUUGUCAAGAAAAGCCGUAAAGGGGCCGUUGACCCUGAGCUCGUAGGAGAACUUGGCGGUGAAUCUCAGGUCCAGGGAGAGGAAGAGGAUGAUGACGGACUCAUCGCAGAUGCCAUGAUCAAGCAGAAGAAAACCAAACCAGCGAAAAAAGAUGCCAAGCAGGGGAAAGCAGGGGAUUCUGGGAAGGGGAAAGGGAAGGGAAAGACCAGAGGAACAUAAGAAGAACGAGAGAGACAAACCCUGCCCCUCUCUGAUUUCGUACAGAUGCGAGUGGGUGAAACAGGAAUGACAUCAGCUCUAUAAACAGAAAUCUGUGUCUGUGAGUCAUACUUGUGCACUUCCUGAAAACCAUCACUCAACUUAAGCUGCUGUGAGUAGAGCAGACACUGCAGGGACCAGGAGCGCAUAGUUUUGUAACUGACGUUAUUAUGUAGUACACAAUUCAUCUAAAGGAUCCACUGAGCACAUGCAUUAUACUGUUAACACUUAAUAGUACAGUCAUCUCAAUGGUAUGUACAAUAUUAAGGGCACUUGCUACGGUUCCUCUCAUGGAAGAAGAUUGGAAAAUACAAAAAUGUCUGGAUACAAAAAAGGAUGCAGAGUUCCAACUCCGUGACCUCUUAUGAACAAAUUGUAAAUAAAUAUCUGCCAUAUUAGCAUUUUUCCUUUAUUUUGGAUACUUACAGAUAUAUAAAAAAAUCCUUUCGUAGUGUUUCAGCUUUUCUAGGGCAGCGCUUUUGAAUACAGACUGAUAGUGUGUAUUACUAGCCUGAAGAUUAUUCUUCUGUAAAUGUGUGCGGUUCAAUGAUUAAAAUGAGGAUUAUGUCA